CUCCAGGCUGCUGUUGUGACUUGUGUAUUAUAUCACAUAAUUAUAUAAGAUGUUAUUCCCAUUUCUACUGGCGGCCACAGUAAUGCUGGCCGACUGUGCAGAUAAACUGCCUGCCUGUAGUAAACGCGUUUACUGCAACAGCGAACUUCUACAGUUAGUCCAACUAAAAAGGGUCUAUGAGGAUCCGAGGGGAUUCAUCGAUUUCCGUAUGAAUUAUGAUGAAAACAAAACAUUAAGUGAUUUCGGAAAAUUACUCAACUCAAAUAACAACGACCUGUCUAAGGAUAAGUUGAAAGAAUUUGUAGACAAAUACUUCUCUACAGACAACGGACUAGAAAAAUGGAUGCCACCAGACUUCAACAGUGAUCCUGAAUUUUUGAAUGUUAUAGAAGAUAAAAAUUUAAGAGACUUUGCCAGAAGCAUUCACUACCUUUGGCCCGAUUCGGCUGUUAUAGUCAAAGAUGACGUUGUACAAAACUCUGAUCGCUAUAGAUUAAUUCCUGUCACUCAUGGAUUCUUUACUCCCGGAGGGUUGUUCACAGAGAUGUAUUACUGGGACUCUUAUUGGAUUGUCAAAGGUUUGCUAGUAAGUGGAAUGCAAGAAAGUGCAAAAGGAGUAAUUGAGAAUCUUUUCGAACUUGUAGAUAAGUUAGGAUACGUACCCGCUGGAAACAGAUGGUAUUAUGAGAGACACAGUCAGCCGCCAUUGUUGACUGAGAUGGUUGCUACUUAUUACAGUCACACUAAUGAUAUAGAAUUUAUCAGGAACAAUAUCGAAUACUUAGAAACAGAAAUCAACUUUUGGUCUACUGAACGAUCAUUUAACAUUACAAAGGACGGCAAAAAUUAUACGGUACUUAGAUAUUUUGUUCCCGGUGAUCGUCCGCGACCUUACUCGUAUUAUUUUGAUAGUGAGCUGAUAGAAGACUCUAGUGAACAAGAUAGAAUAGAAAUUCUUAAUGGCAUUUGGAGUGCAUUUGAGAGUGGUUGGGACUUC